CUUAAACGUGCCCGUCUUCCCCCAUCUUAAACCGUAUCGCCAGCGUCGGAGCCCGAUUUUAUUUUUCCCUUUCCUUCCCCAUUUUUGCAUGCGUAUCUGUCUCGCCUGUCCUUUCGUCCCUUUCUCUUCCACACUCCUCGUCUCACGCCCCCCCUUCGCGUUGGGACUCACAGAAUCACGUUCCACCCCCAAUUCCUGCUUUCCAGCGUCGGCUUGGUGUGCGUUAAGAGACACUCACGCACACCAACCUGAUCAGAUCUGCUGAGAUCCUGCUGCCACCAAUCCCCGGAACCGCUUACCUCCCAAGAUUCCUCGUGGCCCUCUCUGGGUCUCGUAACCCUGGAUCCCUCAUCGGCUCAACGUCGAGCAGACCGACGGUCUCCUAGUCGCAAGCCUUCGACGCGGUCAGUAGGGAAGAUCCUGUCUUCCUGGCUCCCACGCGACGGUUCCGGCUACCAGGACUCCCGAUCCAACAGAGCGUUGCAGCAGCACCACCACCACCACCACCAUCAACAGCCGUGCAAUCCUAACACCGUGUCACCGUACCACGGCGACGACCUCUCCACCCCGUCCACCACCUCGCUCGUAACGAACUUGUCUCCCAGCGAAACACACUCCGAACUCAUCAAGGACCAUCACUCGCACCCAGACAGACGCGACUCCUACUCCGACUCUACCAUCUCGCAAUUCGAACCGUCCGAGCCGUUCGAGCGCACCGAGCGCAAGAUGCACCAGACUUCGUCGCGCCUGCUCCGUAUGACGGACGAUGACCGGCCGUUCACAAGGGACUUCAAAGACCUCUUCUCGACCCUCAUGGUCUCGCUACCGCUGACGCCUCAUCGAGUACGAUUUGCCAAGAUUGAUCACACAUUCACUUCUGAGGAGGCGGUGACGAAUUUGGGGUCGCUCAAGUUCUCGCAGUCAAACCGCAUGCCAGAUCCGAAGGAUCCCUCGCGAAUAGUCACCACAACAACGACCACGACCUUCUCGAUGGCAAAGGAAAUGGCACGCUCCGUGUGUCAGAAGUUUUUGGAGGCUCGCUUUGUCGAGUCCGCCGACGGCAAGAACGAUUUCACUUCCAAAAGUGCGGUGUGGCAGCUCACGCCAAAGGGCAUGCACAUUCUACAGCGCUUCUGCCAACGCAACGGAAUCCAACAGCGGCACGUGUUUGAGCUUCUGAACUCGUCUCGAAACACCAUGAACCUCGUCAUUCUUGAGCGGGAACCUGAAACCGACAAGCUACAUCGUGAUCAAGCAACCGUCGAGGUCGUCUUCCGGCGGUUUGUUGGUACCGAGCCCAACGUCAAGAACAGUAUUUCGAGUUCUGAUUCAGACUCAUUGAGCGAAUACCAGACGGGUUUGGUCGGUGUGAAGAUGGCCAAGGAACGCAAGGUUGGAGACAGGGUAUAUUACAACACGUUCACCGGCAAAGCGGUCGUCGACUGGCUCAUGGAUUGCUGCACGAUGGUCGAUCGGCGAGAGACGAUCGAGCUGGCGCAGCUCUUCUGCGAUCACGGCCUCAUAGCCUGCGUUGACAACCCUAACAGCGCACGAUUUUCGCAGUCGAAGAGCUCAAUUUACACCGUCACGGAGAAGGGUCAACGCGUUGCAGGCUGGGUGACCUCGUCCAAGUCCUCAGGGAACCCCGACGCCCACGUAAACGGCUCUCGCGCACGCGAGGGCCCCACGCGAGAUUCGAACACGAACCGGAUGACCGUCAUCCUACAAGAUCCGGCUCUACGGCUUCUGUUCCGCGAAUUCCUCCGAGACACGCACUGCGAAGAGAACCUGGCGUUCUACCUCGACGUUCGAGACUUCCUGGCCAAUUACAAUGCUGCAAAGCGACAACAGACCGUGCCCAAGCUAGAAAUCAUCCGCGAAACGCUGGCAGCGGCGUAUGGGUUGUACAAUGCCUUCCUCGCGCCUGGUUCGCCGUGUGAGCUCAAUAUUGACCACUCCCUGCGCACUUCGCUCGCUGCACGCAUGACCCGCGCGGUCGACGACGACGAUGCAAUGGUCAAGAGCUUGGACGAGGUCGCCACGCUGUUCGAUCAAGCACAGAACUCCGUGUUCAAGCUCAUGGCUAGUGACUCCGUCCCGAAGUUCUUGCGUGAGCCAAAGUACGCGAACAUCCUUCGGGAGCGCAACCUCGACGGCCAAGUGGCCGUGACAAAUGGUCGUGCAGUUUCGGGGUGAGACCGGCGAACGGAGUGUCUCGUUGUGCACAAGACGCUAGACUGCUUUGUCCAACGACAUAUCGGCCGCUCUCUCUUACCCAAAUCUCCUCCUCUUCCCUCAACCCCCCCGACCACGGAUCUCAGCUCCAAACCAUCACGGGUGAACAAAGUUUGGACAGCCCCGGUUCUCCACGACAGGAGAUGUUUCCCCAAAAUCGUGGGUGCGCCGUGCCCCCGGGCGUACUGCGACGGGCGCAUUUCCUUUGCGACUGCAAUGCAAGUAAUUUUAGCAAGAACGAUUAGGGCUGUGGAUGCACUUGGAUCGACAUUCUCGGCUCCGAAUUUCAUUUACGAGGCCGACCGGCUUGACACGUGAGAUGGAGUCAGAGCUUCAUGAAAUGCCCCCCCCCGGGGCAGUGCGCGUAUGUACAUCAUCAACAUGCGUAGAACGAUUCAUGGUCCAAAGGGGGCCCCAUCUACACAAACAAAACACGAUGUGCCUUGACGACACGGGUGCCGCUGACUCGGACGACGAGUGGUUUUUUUUGUGACUCUGAGCAUUUGUUUUUUGUACUAUCAUUUUCGGCAAACGGUUGACUAAUUGUGCCUCUGCCAUGUUCUCGCCUCAAUCAGGCUGAUUAUUUCGUGAUUCUAACGGUUUCUUUGGUCCCACGGGACAAAAAUUUUUUGUUCAUUCUCCCCAUUUUUUCGGCUGCUUUUUUUGCACUUCAACCGGGGCAAAGCAUGGAAUCUGGAGGGCGGGCUCUUUUUGCGUUUAUGGGUCACCAAGUCCUGCAUUAGAAGGGUACUGGCUCUCCUGAGGAGACGACAGCAAACUGCAUUAUUCAUCAUCCAACCAUUACAGCGAACACAAACGCGCGGGGAAUGCCAAACCUGCAGGCUAGACUUCUAUUUUUGUGGCGUUUAGAGAGAGAGAGAGAGAGAGAGAGAGACGAAAACAAAAAGAGAACCAAAGGUAUACCUUCCAAUUCUUCUUCAUCCGUUGGCCGUGUUUCUUUCUUCUCUCGUAUUAUCUUGUCCGCUAGAAUGGUAUAAGAGGAGUCUCUAUUGCAGCACGCCGGCGUCACGUCCUCCACAACGUUGAUCCUACACCUGAGACAGCACUCGUGCGCUCCGGCCUCCACAAACCAUCUAUACGAGCGGUCAACCUACUUCAGCAUAAAGUUGGGAGGUCAAUGAGUACUCCGUCCGGCCCUGACCCCGUACAGUUCACUGUCAGGUUGAUGCCAUAUUGAAAGCAUACCGGUUUGAGGCUAUGCAUGGAUUGGCAGCCACACAGAUCAAGAAAGAGAACGAGCACCGGCGGAAACCAUCAGAACGGUAUUUGGAAUAUGAUUCGAAUCCGUUACACGUUCAAACCAGAUCCUUGGAAAAGCAUACUGAUUUUUUUUCUUUUUUUUCUAAUCCGGAAAUAGACGAAGAACGACGGGUUGUAGUGGGGUAAACAAGGACGGAUGGGAAAGGUGUGUUACAACACUUUUUUUUGCUGUGGAGUCGACGACCAAUCUACCGU